AUGGGCCGAGGCCCCGCCUUCCGCUUCCUCUUCUGGAUGCCCCGCCGCCAUCGCUCCGGCCCCCCCCGCGGCCCACACGUGACCAGGGAGAACCCCGCGCUGCUUCCGCCCACCAAUCACAGCGCGCGAUCGCUCCUGGAUUUCGGCGUCCGGGCGCUGUUUAUUCCCAGUUCCCUCCCAGUGCUCCCAGUAAGAGCGGUCCUAGCACGGAAAGCGCUCCCAAUUCCUUCCGGGUUCUCUCAGGAUCGCUUCGAGUGCUCCCAGUAUUGGUUCCAGCACUGUGCAGGGCACGGCCACUUUGGAACCCCCCAGGGCAGAGCACGGCUGCUUUUCAGUGUCGGCACCGACCUGGGCCGGGCUGGGAGCGGAGGAGGGGGAGGAAGGAAAGAGGAGCGGGAAGAACAAGAAGGGGAAAGUCAGGAACAUGAGGAAGAAGAGCUGCAAGAGAAAGAGCAGCAGCAGAACCACUCGGCUCCCCCGCCCGCCCGCUCAGGCUGCAGUUCCCCCAACUCUGGCAGCAUCGCCCUGCCCCCCCGGAACCCACAGGAUUUCCCAUUCCCAAAUCAUGGUCAGAUGGAGGAGGAGGCCGUGAGGAAGAUGGCCCAGAAGCCCUAUGCAGACAAGGAGCUGAGGAUGGAGACCAGGGAGGACAAAUCCCCACAGCUGAACCUUACGGAAAAGGCAUUUUAA